AUGUCUGAAGACCAGAUGAAUCACCUCCCUCUAUCUGCAAUCUUUUACCUCAUUGUUUCAGGUACUCUUUGUAUUUUGGUUUUUAUCACCAAUGGGCUUAUUGUUGGUGUGAAUGUUACCGACUGGAUGAAAGGCAGAAGUCUGAUGCCCAGUGAUGAAAUUCUGGUCAGCCUGGGAAUGUCCAACCUUUGCUUCUCCACCUCACUAAUUCUGGACUAUUUCAUUUCACUCAUCUGGAAGGAGUUCUACAGAAAGUUUUACAUGGUGCAAAAAAUCACGUUUAUCCUCGAUAUUGCCGCAAGCUUUUUGAGCUUCUGGUUCACUGCCUGGCUCAGUGUUUUCUACUGCAUGAAGAUUGUCAACUUCAAGCAGUCAUUUUUGCUGAGGGUGAAACUACAAUUUUCUAGCCUUGUGCGUUGGUUCCUCCUUGGUUCUGUGCUGGCUUCCUCCGGAGCAACACUCCUUGUCACCUGGACUUUUACAACAGUGUUCCAAGCAUCCGACAAUCUGAGCAAUCAGACUUUCCUCAGCCUUCCCUCUGACUUUAAUUUUACAGACGACUACAAAAAGCAAAAAAUGAUACUGGUGCAUAUGACUAUGCCUUACAAAGUCCUCCUCGUCAUCCUGGGCUGCUCUGUUCCCCUAGUGAUGGUGAUUGCCUCUUCUGUGCCAGUUCUCAAUUCUCUUUUCAGGCAUGCCAGAAACCUGGAACAUAAUGCAACCAUUUUCCACAACCCUCGCCUGGAGGUUCAUCUAAAUGCAGCCAAGUCAGUGCUGUCUCUUCUUGUAUGCUAUACUUCCUUGUUUGUCUGCGAGAUAAUAAUCAGAAUGGAAACCUUUCCCAACUGGACUUAUCAGUAUUUUCUGUGUCUGAUCUUUCAACUUGCUACCUUGGUGGCACAAGGUUUAAUUCUGGUUGCAAGUAAUCCAAAACUGAAGCAAUCAGCUGCACAAAUCAUUUCCUGUGUGCAGCAGUAA